GUGUUUGCCCAUUUACUCAAAUACUUUAUUUUAUUACACUUAUUAUGCUAGUUGUAGUAGUAAUAUAUGUUGUGGUAUUGCAAAACUAAGUGUGUUUAGUCUGUAUUCCAGAAAAUGUUAAAUGUGUAAAAUAUAGGCUAUUGAAAUCAAGACACACAGUGUAUUAAGUUUGCUUAAGAAAGAUAAACAGAAAAAUGUUUUUGUUCCCGCGGCUAUACUUCUUAAAAAUAACUUAGAUCAAGUUUUUAAACGAUUAAACCUCUCGAUGAUCAUUUUCGCACUACAUUUCCCAUAGAUCCUAGCUGUGCCGCGAAGACUUGUGGGACAGGAAACGUCCUAUCUGCUUUCUGUUUUUGCAUCUCGCUUGACAUAAUAAUGUAGAACGGAUGACAUAUUUCACAUGAUCGCAUCGAGAAGAUGAAUUCAGGCAAUAUUUACAAUUUUCUGUGCAGCAUCUCUUUCAUCCCGAGAUAUUUUUAAUACUUUUUAUACCGACUUUAACGAUAGCCUGAGUUGAUCGACAAAACGGGUCUUCCUUAAAAGGGCAACGGUUUGAGCAAGUGGGCCCCGCCAACACUGUCGCUCAGGGUCUUAUUUAAGUGUCGUUUGAGUGGCACCUGUCAGUGCGAUGCCGUCCUAUAAAGACACUCAGAGCAGUCAGCGGCGCAGGGAGCUGGAUGCCCGCAGGAGUAAGUCUCGCGUGCGGCUGGGCUCGUGUAUGCUGAGCUGGUGUCAACUCAAAGAGGAACUGGGCUUCUCUCUUCACUCAGAGUUCGCUCAGUAUCUGCUGGAGAGCUAUGCUUCAAGAGUUUGCAUGAAGUGCUCAGGGCAUAUGAAAGGGGAGCAAAGCACUUUGUCGUCUACCAAGGAGACUUUGCAGGAACUCAUUCUGAUGGUCCACAAGCAUGGACAGACAUGUCCCCUUCCCCCUGUCCUGCAUUCGGCCACAGUCAAAAAAACAACAGAGCGAGAUCAGAGCUCUCUUGCUGCAGGGACAAGAGAAGCUGAGUCCAAAGACUCAUCCGAGGUGGACAUGUGUCUUAAAUACACCUGUGAAAAUGGACAUCAUUUUUUGUGGUCUCCUCUUAAGAAGAUAACGACAUCGAAAAAUCAAGGUGAUAGAACUACACUUAGCCCAAAGAAACUUAAACAACGAGGCAGGAGGCGGCAGAAGGAGCCAGACACGGACAUGGAAAGACAAGAAGUGAUGACCAGAUUAAAAACCAAACAACAACAACAAGAAAAUGCUAAAGUUAGCACAAAUGACUUGGAACAGAAACACAACACAAGGGCUGAAACGUUUAUGGAAAACAAGAAUACAGGUGUUAUGACUCCUGAGACACAGGAAGGAAAUGUGGCUGUUGACUAUUUACAUUCAGAGCAUGGAUCCCCGGCAGACAGCGAUGAGCUGACAGUAGAUCGACCUGCAGGAGUUUCAAUUGAAAACCAAAGUCCCACUGAUAUCAAUGAGGAAGCUGCAGUGCUGAAUUUAACCAACAGAGGGGCCCAAAGUAAAGCUGAUCCUCCUGACGCACACAACAAAAAGGCAGGAACACUUAAAAAUAUAAGGCCACAAUUACUGAAAGAUGAUGUGUCCCAGAUUGGUGGCAAAAGAAAACGAAAAUCAACAUCCAAAGUCAUUUUGCCCUGUGAGUUUGAAGGCUGCGAUAAGAUUUUCUCCAGUCGACAGUAUCUGAAUCAUCACGUCAAGUACCAGCAUCUCCAGCAGAAGACCUUCAUCUGCUCACACCCCACCUGCAGCAAGUCAUUCAACUUUAAGAAGCAUCUGAAGGAGCAUGAAAAGUUACAUAGUAAUCAGAGAGACUACAUCUGUGAGUUCUGUGCCCGGGCGUUCCGAACCAGCAGUAACCUGAUCAUCCAUCGCAGGAUACACACCGGAGAGAAACCGCUGCAGUGUGAGGUGUGUGGCUUUACCUGUCGACAGAAAGCCUCUCUGAAUUGGCACAUGCGAAAGCACAAUGCUGAGAGCACGUACCAGUUCCCCUGUGAGAUAUGCGGUCGCCGCUUCGAAAAAAGAGACAAUGUCACGGCUCACCGUAGCAAGAGCCACCCAGACUAUAAUACAGCCACUCCGGAACUGACUCUUCCCCUUCCUCCCUCUGACCCACUCCUGCAUCCCUCGGGGCACAGCGGAUCUUCCCCUUCUGCUUCAGACAAUCACACUGCUGUAGAAUAACAUUUGUUAUGUAGUAUUUUAAUUAAAUCUAACAAUUUGUGCAUCCUUGACCUUGAGCAAACUGUCAAAAAAAAAAAAGCUAAGAAAUUGCCAAGUGAUGCAUAUAUUUUUUUUUAUGUGUGUGUGUUGUUUUUUAAAUAUGUCUUGUUUUGCCAUUGUGCAGAAGCUGUAUUUAUGUUAAAUUACCCUAAUCAGCAUACUUAGGUCAGUGUAUUAAUUAUUAAUGACAAAUUUAAUGAUGAUAAUUUAUUAACUUAUUGUUCAUGGGUAAUAUUAUGAGCCUUUAGAAUAAUAUGGGCAUUAUCCAUUAAUUGUCAAUUUGUUGAAACUGCGUUUAAAUUUGUCAUUUUUUAUUAAAUUUGAUUUUAAUAUUAAUAUUAAUACAAUUGUAAUAUUCAUUUUGUGGUGGAAUUGUGUGCUUAUUUUAUAAAAUA